UGUGAAUUGGUAAAGAUUGAUAUUGAUUGCCACAUUCAAGGUGAUGUUGUACUGGAAUGUAUCUGCUUGCUUGGUGACAAAGAUUGGGAAGUCAUGAUGUUCCGGGCCAUGUUUAACACAGCUUUUAUCAGGUCAAAUAUUUUAAUGCUCAAUCGAGAUGAAAUCGACAUAUCGUGGGAUGCGAAGGAUCUAUUUCCCAAGGACUUCAGGGCAGAGGUUCUUUUCUCGGAGAUGGAUUCUGUUUCCUCUGUAACCCUUGUGGACUCUUCCUACUUCGAAGAGAAAGAUGGCCUUCCUGUCGAGGCAUUUGCUAAAGUUCAAGAAUUUUUUAAUAGUGUUGAUUGGUUAGUCCCAAAGGGCGAUGCCAUUGUUGAAGUUCUCCAACAGAUGUCUGUUGAAGCUUAUUCUCAAACUGAAACAUAUCAGGUGAACCAGAGCCUAGCUGCACUAGGUGUUAAAACCGUUGCUAAGAGCACACCAGAUCUGCCUUCAGACAACCGUUCUAAUUUCUUGCCGGAAAUGUCCGCAAGUGCAGAUAUGGAGAGAAAGCAGGAUGAUCUCCACUCCCAAAAUGUGACUAUCCCAUCUCAAAAGCAAACCCUUAUUCCUUCGGCAGAUCUUUCUUCACUCCCAUCAUCUUUGCUACCUCAUCAACUUUCAAUUUCACAGUCCAACUCCAUUGCUCAACAAAGUAAAGCUGACACAUCACAUUCUAGAACUUCUCCCUCAACUCCCGCACUUCCUCCAGCAAAAAUUGCUGAUAUUGGCAAUAGAAAACAUCCAUUUACACUGGAGGCAACUUCUCUGAAAGAGGACUCUGCAGUUGUCUCUCCUAGAAUAUCCCAUAAGAAAUUCGUGAGGGUUAGGCUAUCUCAACUCGACUCCCCUCAUUCAACUGAAGAUGUUGUUGGAGCCGCCAAAGUUGCCACUUCCCCACCGCCUCCUCCCCUUCCACCACUUCUAUCUCCACAUACUGCUACAUCCGAAUCUCCUUCUUCCACAAAAACUAAGUCACCUUUCCUAAAUGUUAUUGAAGGUACUGGACGCCAAUCACCCCCCCAUAUUUCCUCUAUCGAAACAGACAUCACUCGUAAAACUGUGCCUCAUCCUCCCCCGCCUCCUACCCCACCUUAUGCGACUCUGAUUCAGGAAAUUUUAACCGAUUCAUCUGCUCCUAUUCCAGUUGGACCUUUCGUUACGCCAGCCUCUCAUUUGAACAAGAUCUUAGAUUCUGAAAGACCUUCACCUCCUCCUCCGCCUCCGCUUCUGCCUCCACCUCCUUUUGAACCGCCUAAUGAGCCUUCAUCUCUCAGAGGUGCACCCCCAUCUAUAGUACCUCCAUCACCUUGUGGUCCAGCUCCAUCGGAACCCCAUUUGGAGAAGCACUCUGCUUCUGGAGUUAUACCUCCACCUCCUUUGACCCCUCCUUUGAGAGAUAAUUCCGUCCCCAGACCUGCACCACCCGCACCUCCACCUCCUCCAAGUUUUGGACUGGUUGCCCCGCCUUUGACUCCACCUAAGGCCAUACCUGCUCCACCUACACCUCCACCUCCACCUCCACCUCCUCUAGAGACACCCAAGGAGAGGUCUAGUGGAGAAGAGCUCUCUUCUCCACCUUCUGGGCUGGCUGCUUCUCCCCGAGCAACACCUUUGAAGAUUAGUUUGAACGCGAAACCUGCUCCGUGCCCACCACCACCUUCUCCUCCAAUGCCUUUUAGAGAAGUGUCUGUAGCAGGUGGGCCUCCUCUUCCUCCUCCUCCCCCUCCUCCACAUUCUAGCCAGAGUGCAGGACCUACAAAUUCAGUAAUUUUACCUCCACCACCUCCGCCUCCUAACCCUAGCCUCAGCAUGAGUGGUCUUCCAUCUGUUCCUUUUGCUCCUCCGCCUCCACUCCUUUCCCCCAGAGAGCCAGCUAGUUUGUCAAAUUCUGUUCCGUCUAGUAGCAACAAAUGUACUAGUAUGCCUGGAUCUCCAUCUCCUCCUCCGCCUUCAACUCCUCCACUUGGAGCCGCAGGGAAAAGUUUAUUGUCUCGUACUCAGACUUCAUGGAGUCAAUCGAAGAAACUGAAGCCGUUACAUUCGUUAAAACUAUCAAGAGCAGUUUCUGGCAGCUUGUGGGCAGAGACGCAAAAAUCUGAAGCUUCUAGGGCACCGGAGAUUGAUAUUUCAGAACUUGAAUCUCUAUUCUCUGCUGCUGUUCCAAAUUCAGAUCAAGGGGGUUCAGGCAGAAAAACUGGUACACUAGGCUCAUUGGGUAAACCUGAAAAAAGUGCAACUGGUAAAUUCUUGCGCAUUCCAUUUCUUUAUAUCAUCGUACAUAUAGACCACAGGCGUGCAUACAAUUGUGAAAUCAUGCUUUCAAAAGUAAAGAUACCGUUGAGUGACAUGUUGAGUUCAGUCCUUGCUUUGGAAGACACUGCAUUAGAUGUUGAUCAAGUUGACAACCUUAUCAAGUUUUGUCCUACAAAAGAGGAGAUGGACCUUCUUAAGGGUUAUAAAGGAGAGAAAGAUAAGUUAGGAAAGUGUGAACAGGCACGUAAACUUUGUCUUGAUUUGGUUGACCAUUUGUUUAAUCCUGAUGGCAAUAUUUCGAGACAGAUCAGGGGUUCUGCAAAAUUGAAAAGAAUUAUGCAAACAAUCCUUUCUCUGGGUAAUGCUUUGAACCAGGGAACUGCAAGAGGCUCUGCCAUUGGGUUCAGGUUGGAUAGUCUCCUCAAACUUACCGAAACUCGUUCCCGCAACAACAAGAUGACACUGAUGCAUUAUCUUUGUAAGGUAGGGCUUGAAAAGGUCAUGCAGGAGUUGUCCAUGUCUGAAAGUGAUGGACCCGUGUCAGACCAUUUCCGGAAGAUAGCUUUGAAAGAAUUCCUUUGUUUUUCGGAAGGUGAAGUGAGGUGCUUGGCUUCACUUUAUGCUGGAGUGGGACGAAAUGUAGACUCACUGAUCCUUUAUUUUGGUGAGGACCCAGCUCGUUGUCCGUUCGAGCAAGUGAUCUCAACUUUGUUCAACUUUGUGAGGAUGUUUAAGAAAGCCCAAGAAGAGAGCUGCAAACAGCUGGAGUUUGAGAGGAAGAAGGCGGAGAAGGAAGCUUCCGAAAAGAUGAAGAUGAAUGCUUCAGAUGUUGGACACUUGUUGCAAGUCAGAAGUGUCAAAUAAUUGAAAUUUUCAUGUUGAUUGAUGGCUGAUGAAAGUUUAUCUUGCUAGAAAACUCGUGACCAGGAAUGUCGAGAAAGUUCAGUACCUCCCCGUCACAGUAAAGUUUUUCUAGGUGUAAUCAGCAGACCCCAAUUUUGCUCGUGGUAGACUCUUGUAUAGAAUCUGAUCUAGUUGGUUUGUAUGCGACUUGCAUCAAUAUUUUACUGGACUUGUAAUGCACUAUGCUCGUGAAAAAAAGAGAGAGAGAGAGAGAGAGAGAGAG